AUGUCAGAUAUAUGGAGUGAUAUGAAGCAACGUGCAUUUAUCAACAUAAUUGCAUAUUCACCUGGUGGGGCAGUAUUUAUGAAUUCAUUUGAAAUUUCAAAGGAUAAAAAAACAGGUGUUUAUCUAAAAGAUAUUAUGUCAUCAGUAAUUGAAGAUAUUGGACCUAAUCACGUUGUGCAGUCCAUUACUGAUAAUGCAUCAAAUUUUGAAUCAGCUGGUGACAUGUUUAUGGGUAAGUACCCUCGUAUGUAUAAAACACGAUGUGCUGCUCAUGGAAUUCAGCUACUAUUGAAAGAUAUUUAUUCUGAAGUUUUGUGGAUACAUGAUAUUAUUGAUUAUGCAAAAUUAAUUGUGACAUAUUUGUACAAGCACACUAUUAUUUUGUCAUUAAUGAGAGAGCACACAAAUCAUAAAGAACUCAAACAUCCUUGUGCGACUAGAUUUGCCUCCAAUUUUUUGAUAGUUCAAUCAAUUUUAGAAGUUGAAGAUGGAUUGCGAUUACUUGUGGCAUCUUCUGAAUGGAGGGGGUUGGAUUACAACAAAAGAGGGAUAGGACUAAAGGUUGCUAGUAUUAUUCAAAGUGUUGAGUUUUGGAGUAAAGGGAAAGAAGUAAUACAAACUCUAGAGCCUUUAAUUAGAGUUCUUCGUUUGGUUGAUGGAGAUGGUUCAACUGCAGGAUAUUUGUAUGAGGUGAUGGAAAGAGCAAAAGAAACUAUUAAACAACGUUGUUGUAUUAAUCAAGCUAAUUACAUGCAGAUAUGGGUGGUAUUUGAAAAAUGGAGAAUUGAAAAUGUAAUCCACCCAAUACAUGCAGCUGCUGCAUUUUUAAAUCCUGCCUUCAUGUGUAGCGAGGACUUCAGAGAAAAUCAUGAAAUGAAAGACGGUAUAGAUUUUAUGUUAGGAAAUUUUAUUAUUGAAGAAGAAAAGGAAGAUUUUAUUCGAGAACUGCAAUUUUACCGUAUGAAGACCACAACUUUAUUCACAAAUACAACAAAGACAAUGUUGAAAACAUCUCAUCCUCAAUUGGAGGAUUAUUCCUUAGAGCCAACAGAUGAUGUUUCUAGUGAUAUAGUCACCAAUAAUGAAGAUCUUUCUUGGUUAGAUGGUGUUAUCUAA